ACUAAUGUUAAAGAUGUAUAUAAAAAAUAAUUUUGUAGGGCCCAACAUUUUAAUCACCUAGGGACCCAUGAAUGUUUAAUCCAGCUCUGGUUAUAGUGUACUGAAAUGAGGAAAACUAAUUGCUAGAUGCUUUUUAAUGAAUAGUUAGGGAAACACUUAUUUUUGAUUUUACACUUCAGGGAAGAGGGGACGCAAAAUUUUGUAGCCCCUCGAUGGAGAAAUCUUAAAUACGGCCCUGGUCUAAAUUUCAAAUACCAAUAAAUAGCAUAAACACUGUCGAAAUUUUUACUAACGAAAAUCAAUUAAUGAAGAACCUUACAAUUAAUUUUCAAGAGUUUUUUAAUUCAAAUUUCAAAUGAUUAAAAAAAAGUUGUGAUUGAAGACUUCUCAUUAAGUUCACAAUAGGUAUAGUAUGUUAAAAAAAAUGUCCAUCAGUAAUAUUCAAAAACAAUUUGAUUAUUUCGAAUAUUCAAAUAGUUAGAUUGAGGUUAUCAAAUAGUUCGGGUACUAUUGAAUAGUUCAAUUACACUAAACCACAGAUUAUAUGAAUAUUAUAUAAUCUGUGACCAAACUAUCGAAUAAUCUUAUAGUGCCCAUCACUAGUUAUAUGUAACUAAGUAAGUAAAGAUUUUUCAGCUAGAGUAGAGCAGUAGCUACAGCUGUACACCCCAACGACAUACGCAUGCACCAUCUGAUUUCGCUAUCAUAUGCGUUUUCCAUAGUUGUUGUUUUCGAUGUUUACAUAUAUUUAUCGUGAACAAUAUCAAAGUGGUACGAUGAUUUACUCGAAUCCGAUACGAUGAAUUUGAGUUUUAUUUUAAUGGGUACUUUUAUUUCAUUGAUAUUCGUACACUAAUUGUUGUUUCAAAGUUAUUAAGCUACUACUACUUUCAAAGGCUUUAACGCUUCAUAAAAACAGAUGUUUAUGCUCUUGAAACUAUCCGUUCAUUUAAUCGUGUAACAAACCUGUAGUGUCAGUACUUAACGACGUGUAAACGUGCUAUUCAAAUUCUAAUCGUCUACAACCAAUCAUGAUCAUUUGAAAGAACUCAUAACAAUGAAUCACUUCACUAUUGCACCUGUUUGUAUUUAAUCACAAAAAAACAUGUAAAAGGGAUUAGAGUGAGAUGACAUAUAAAAUUUAAAUUUUUUUUGAAUAGUUUGAGUUUUUUUAAACAUCAUACAUUUUUUUAUUUAACAACUAUGGAUUCUUUAGACAUGUCGGAAGAUUUAGAUUUUGCUGGUUUUGAUGACUUGUUAAACAAAUAUGAUAUUCAAAUGCCAGAAGUCAACACUAACAUGUUCAUUGAUGAUAAUUUACUAUCUGAAUUUGAUGAUUUACAACCAAUUGAUGUAUCUAAAAUUGAACCAGAUAUUCAGAUAUCUCCAAUAAAAGUUGAGAUUCCACAAAUUGAUAAUAAUCCUGUAGUUCCACCCACUACUUUAAAGAAGCAAGAGGUUAAGCUUUGCCCUAAAUCAUUUAAUGUUAUUAAACCCAAUCGUAAACUUGUUGAAAAACCAAUUCAACCUAAUUAUGUUAUUGAACAAAACGUUGACCAAAAAUUAAGAUAUAUACAAAAACCUGGUAUGCAUACUAUUCUUCCAGUUCAAAAUGUUAGACGCAUAAAUUUACCUGAUGAUCAAAUGGAACAAGUUAUUUUUAAUUCCCAACUAAACACAUCACCUACUGUUUUAUAUACAUCAACAAAUGGUCAGCCAAUUAUACUAAAUAAUGCUGCUUUUGUUACAUCAAGCAUACCUGUUAUGAUUGAUUCAGAUAUGUCAAUGAACUAUAAUAUUAAUAUAAAAUCACCAAAAGAUGAAAAACCACGAAAUUCUCAUAAUGUUAUUGAAAGACGGUAUCGUACAAGCAUAAAUGACAAAAUUUUGGAACUAAAAGAUAUGAUUCUUGGACCUGAAGCUAAACUCAACAAAUCAGCUAUACUUAAAAAAGCUAUAGAUUAUAUAAAGUACUUGGAAAUGGCUAAUGAAAAAUUAAAAGCCGAAAAUAAAAUGCUAAAACAAAAUGUUUCAAAAAAACAUUUCAUCCUAAGUCCUUCUCCUUCUCACGAAGAAUACAAUACACCUGCUCCACUUACACCUCCUCAAUCAUAUAGUUCUUUUUCUUCACCGGAAGGUGUUUCAUCUCCACCUACAUCACCUGAAAUCUUGACGAGCACACAUACUAUUUUGAGCAAAAAAUCUGGAAAUAAAGGAAUGGCUGAUCAUUCAAGAUUAGGAUUAUGCAUUUUCAUGAUUGCAGUUAUUGCCUUUAAUCCAUUUGGAAAUAUAUUGAAUAACAAUGUAUCAUCUUCUCAAUCUUCUUGGACAGAGAAAGUUGAUGGUAGAACUAUUUUAAAUGCAAAAACAGAUUCUGUUAUGGAUACUGACACAUAUCAAACAUAUGCAUUUACUUUAUCGGUUUGGGCAUUAAAUAUUCUUCUAAUGAUCAUUAGUUUAACCUGCCUUCUUAUUGAUGAUCCAAUAAUAUACUCAGAUUCUGAAAAUUAUAAAGAUUAUAUUCAACUGAAAAAACAAGCUGAAGAAAAUUUGUAUAAGGGGAAUAAAAAACUUGCUGUUCUUGAGUUUUCUAAGUGUUUAGAAAUGUUAGGUCGGCCAAUUUUGACAAGUCGUAAAAAAAUAUGGACUUCAUUAAUUUGGCAAAUUAUCAGACAAUUUUUACAUCAAUUCAAAAUCAUUAUACUUUUAAAGAAGUGGAAUAAUUCAAUUUUUUAUAAUGAGACCAAAAAGCAUAACACUUUAAAUACAGCUAAACAGCUUAGUGAAAUAUACCAUGUUCUUCACAAAUUGUAUUUGAUAAGUGGAUCUGAUUGUCCAAUACCUAAUACUCAUAGGGGCAUUGGUUUAUACUUAGGACUUAGUGCACUUAAUAUGGCUGAAGCAGCUGGGCAACAAAUUAUUUCAAUUGAAACUCGUGUGCGCCUUUAUUCAACUAUGGCUCUUCAUUUCAAAACUGUAUCAUUUAAAGGUGUUGGAUUUUAUACAAAGUAUUACCUACAUAAAGCACAAAAUCAAGUGGUUAACUUUAAUAGAUUACCAGCCAAUUUGAAUUGGCUUACAACUGAUCAUGGGUUUCGAUUUUUUAUUGAUCAUAACUGGACUUUUACUCCAUUCACAGCUACAUCAUCUUUUACAACACUUUUAGACUCUAAUGACCCUUUAUCACAUGUUACCAGGCUUUUCAGAGAAUAUACCUUAGAAAAAGCUUUACAAACGUUGAUAUCACCUGGGACAAAAAAAAUUGUUCAAACAGUUGGUCAUGCCAAACAACCAACAGUAACUUCAGAUGUACUACUGUAUAUACAACGCAUCGUAGAAUCUAAUUUAAUUACAGCAAAACCUAGAUUAAUUGGAAGUUCUGAAGUAAAUGUGGUAGAAGACGAAAAAGUUGCAUGGUGGGGUGCAAUGUUUGCUGUUGGAGCUUAUUGGAUUUUAGGUGAAGAUUACGGUAUAGAUUUACUUGAUAAAAAGAUCUCAAAUGUUCCACCAAGUUUACUAGUAGACCCAUUGGCACAAGCUGCAUUGGCUGCUUACAAAUGUCGAAAUAAAAUCCUAAUGAUGAAACCAAGAAUUUUAGAACACCAUUGUCACGAAGCUAGCAAAAUACUAUCAGAAACUUUAAUCCUAUUACAAACCAAUAAACCCUCUGCAGUUGUUAUAAUGACGUUAUUAUUGGCUUGCGACUGGUUAUUGGAGACUAGAAUGUUAUCAUGGCAAGAAGAAUAUAAGAAAAUGCCGGCAGGCUAUAUCAAUUUGGAAUUCUCCAAUUUGAAAAGUUUCCAAGAAGAUUUAAAUUCUUUACGAAAAAUUGCACAAUUUGUACCUUUUGCGACGGCUAAAGUAUUCUUGUAUGAAGCAACUGCUCGGUUGAUGGCAGGAGCUUCACCAACAAAAACCCAACAACUAUUAGAUCGUAGUUUAAGACAUAGAUCAACAAGACAUUUUGUUAUUUGUACUAAAGGUAAAGGUGAACAAAGUACAGUAGGUCUAAGGGAACAUGCAACCGCAUUAUUUCUGGCAUGCAAACAUUUGCCCACGUCACUUCUAUCACCACCUGGAAUUAGAGCUGGUAUGUUAGCCGAGGCAGCCCAAACAUUAGAAAAAAUCGGUGAUCGUAAAAAUCUAAUGCAAUGUUACAAAUUAUUAAAAUCCAUUACAACUAAUUCAUCCGUCUCAGAUUGAUAUUUUAUAACUGAAAAUGUUUUAAGUAAUUUUUAUUUUAUUACAAUUUUGUAGUUACCAUGUUACCUAAUGAAAAUGACCUGAUCAUUUUUUAUUUGUUGAAUAAAGAAUUAAACCUAAAAACAAAUCUAAAA